CGCGCGGCCCACGGGGGCCCCGCGGGCGGCGGCGCCGCCGCCCGGCACGGCCGCCGCGGCCAGCGCGGGCACGCGGCCCGCUGCAGCCGCGGCGGCGGCGCUGCCGGGCGACCCGGCCGACGCCGCAGGGCGCCGCGACGGCGGGCCGGCGCGCCGUGCCGUGGCCUGCGCGGCCGAGGUCAGUGCCUGCGGCCGCCGCGCGCAGUGGGAACGGGCGCUGCGGCUGCUGGGGGUGGCCGCUGAGACCGACGCCGUGUGCUGGAACGCGGGGGUGGCCGCCUGCGCCCGGGCCGCACGGUGGCCGUGGGCGCUGCGGCUGCUGGCGGAGGCCGCCGCGCGGGGGCUCCGAGCUGACCUGGCGGGGUGCAACGCCGCCGAUCACCGCGCUGGGGCGGGGACGCCGCUGGGACGCGGCCCUGCACUGCUGCGGGGGCUCCCGGACCGUGGGCUCCGCCCAGACACGAUCAGCCACAACGCCGCCCUGGCGGCCUGCGAGCGGGCGGCCCAGUGGCCGGCGGCGCUGCUGCUGCUGGACGACAUGUGGGCCGGAGGCGUGGCGGCGAGCGCGACAAGCUGGAACACGGCCUCCAGCGCGGCAGCGAGCGGGAGCGCGUGGCAGGUAGCGUUCUGGCUGCAGGACCAGGCGGCGCUCUCCCGGGGUCUCCCCGACACGGUCGGCGUGAACUCCACCAUCGCCGCCUGCCAGAGGAGCAUGCGCUGGGAGCUGGCCCUGGCCACCCUUCGCGGCAUGCGGCGGUGGCGGCUCGCACCAGACAACGUGAGCUACAGCGCCGCGAUGAGCGCCUGCACGGGUCGCAGGAAGUGGCGGCAUUCGCUGCGCCUCUUCGGGCGCAUGCACCUCGCGGCGCUGCGGCCGGACGCCGUCACCCGGGGUGCGGCCACGAAGGCUUUCGAGAGCGCUUCGUUGUGGGCCCGCGCCACGGCGCUACUGCCUCUUGUCGCCAAGGGUCGCCGCGCCACCGCCUCUGCAGAGGACGGCGCCAACGCAUCGAGCCUAUCGGCCGCACUGAGCGCAUGCGCCAAUGCCACCCGCUGGGCCGAGGCGGUCCAUACGUUUCUUGCCACCCGCUCCGCUGGCGAGGGGCCCGACGUGGCGAGCCUGAACUCCGUCCUGGAGUCAGUGGAGAGAGGCGCCCGCUGGCCCCUCGCGCUGUGGCUCCUCCAGGGCGCCGGAAGGCAUCGUCUCGCGCCUGACACCACCAGCCACAACAUCGUGCUCCGGGCAUGCGCUCGGUGGUCGGGCUGGUCCAGGGCCCUCCUCCUGCUGCUGCGAGGCGGGCGGGCCUCGAGCGCCUCCCACGUGCUCGCCACCGUGCUCCAGAGCUGCGAGCAGGCCUGCCAGGCCCGCGCCGCGCUGAGGGCCCACGCCCUGCUGCGGGGCCACGCGUUGGCGGGCGCACGCGCCAGCGAGACUCUCGCCGCGCAGCUGUGGCGGACGCGGCCGCAGUCGUCCGCGAGGGCGCGGAGGCGUCCAGAGCUGCACGCGCCGCCGAGCUCGCCGCCCGAGCCGCUGCCCGACCUCGGGCCGCAGACGCGCGGGGCGCUGGAGCGCCUGCGCGCGAGGCGAGGGGGCUGACGAGGACGCUGCGCGCCGUGGCCAUGGCUGGCGCCGGGCCCUGGCUGGCACCGGCCGCGCGCUGGACCGCCCUGGAGGCCCGAGCAAACACUUCGGGACCCGCGCGGUGGCGAUGGAGCCCUUCCAGGACCACCUCCGCAUCGGUGGUCGCGGCGGCGCGCCGUCCUAACUUAUGAGGUGCGUCCCUCGGUGCCCGUGAACCUCGCCGUCUUCUCUGGGGCGAGUGCACAGGCGGCCGCAGGCCGCUCGGGAGGAGGAGGAGAAGCGGAGCGACGAGCGCCACGGACUCUGCUCGUCCGCGGUCGGCAAAGAUCUUGUUCCGGCCGGCGUGCCUGACCUCGAGAGAGGGGGGCCUGCCCUUUGUGUCCACCCAGGGCCGCUUCCCAGCUGCCGCGAACUCCAGGCGAAAGGCCUUGCGAGCAGAUUCCGUGGUCGAGCUCCCGGAGGGCGGCGCGGUCUAGCAAGAGGUGCACAAGAUCAUCCACGCCCGGCAGCGUGCCGAGCCAGAGCAGCGCUUGAGAAAUAUUGAGCAAGUUCAGCGGUCGAAAAAGAA